UUCAGACAAAAGUGAAAGACUUUAACUUUUUUUCUGUCUGCCGCAAAAAAAAAAAAAAGAACAAAACUUUCGUCUUUUGGGAGAACACAAUAGGAUAUGGCUACGACGAACUGGCUAGUGUCGUCUCCGACUCCAAGUGUGUUCCUUCAUCCCUCAGGGAGCCCUCGUCUCGCGUUUGCUUCUAUAAAGAACCAAACUUUACUUAAAACCCGUGUUAGCUUUCUUACCAAUGCGAAACGUCGUCUUCCGGCGGUUUUAUCAAUGACGGCGACGGAGGAGGGAGCCGUGAAGUCUGUUUUGCCUGGAAAUGGCAUAUCCAUCAUGGUGAAUGGAUGUACUGGCAAAAUGGGGAAAGCUGUAAUCAAAGCAGCUGACUCUGCAGGAGUAAACAUAGUUCCCACUUCCUUUGGAUCUGCUUCCGAGGCUGGGCAGACCGUUGAGGUGUGUGGGAAAGAGAUCACCGUGCACGGUCCUACAGAGAGAGAAGAGUUUCUUUCCUCAGUGUUUGAGAAGCACCCUGAGCUUAUUGUUGUCGACUACACCAUCCCCACUGCAGUCAAUGAUAAUGCGGAGCUGUAUAGCAGAGUGGGUGUUCCUUUUGUAAUGGGAACAACUGGUGGAGACAGGGAGAAACUGUAUGAGAGUGUUGAAGAAGCAAGGAUCUAUGCUGUGAUCUCCCCACAGAUGGGUAAACAGGUUGUUGCAUUUCUUGCGGCGAUGGAGAUUAUGGCUGAGCAGUUUCCAGGAGCCUUUUCUGGUUAUUCCUUGGAGGUGAUGGAGUCUCAUCAAGCUAGUAAGUUGGAUGCGUCCGGGACAGCAAAGGCUGUCAUCUCUUGCUUCCAGGAACUAGGAGUGUCUUACGACAUGGAUCAGAUACAAUUGAUUAGGGAUCCUAAGCAGCAAGUUGAGAUGGUUGGGGUUCCGGAAGAGCAUGUCUCUGGUCACGCUUUCCAUCUCUAUCACUUGACAUCACCUGAUGAAACUGUCUCCUUUGAGUUCCAGCAUAAUGUCUGUGGCAGAUCAAUAUACGCUGAGGGUACUGUUGACGCGGUGCUUUUCCUUGCCAAAAAGAUUCGGUUGAAAGCAGACCAGAGAAUCUACAACAUGAUCGAUGUUCUGAGAGAGGGAAACAUGCGUUGAGCUUCCAAGUUUUGUCCCACUUGUUCUGCUGCCUUUCAGACCGGCUUUUGAAACUACUAGGGUUGUUUGCAACUGCAUAACUGGUGCUCUGUAGCUCUUUUUGGUCUAUUUAAGAACUUUCCGUAGUAUUGUUCAUGUUAACCUCUUUACCAUCAAGGUUAUUACUCUCCUUUUUGAAUCAUUGAACCUUUUCUUAGUGCUUAAA